UAUGUUAUCAUACCGUCAGUAUUUGAUGAUCGUUCGAAGAGGUAAGGUCUACAUUGAGUGAUACUUUUGGCUACCACUUUUGGCUAAAAUAACGGCUCGUGAUUCCGCAAAUAAUUUAAAGACACAAUUUAACCUAUACAAUGGAUUUGCAACAAUCACGUAGAAUAUAAAUGCUCUAAUUUAUAUUUUGCAAAUUUUUAUCAUCGAAAACUGAGAUAUUUGAGACACAAAAGCUGACAUAAUGUUUCUAAAAUUUUCAUUAAAUAUUUUAUUAUGCAUCCUCGUAAAGACAAUGGCUUUUGCGACGAACUGUCUGAUACCACUCCAUUAUAACUUGAGCCUAAAACUAGAGUCUAGAGAGAUAACUACGUUAAAAGGCGUAUCCAGUAUCAUAGUUUAUAAUAAUUGUCCAACAUAUACCAUAGCUUUAGAUGUAUCAAAUUUUAUAACUAUAUUGGACAUACAUUUAAAGUCGGCUAAGAGUGGAAAAAUCUAUACAUGUUAUCAUAUAAACGUAGAAAUAAAUAAAAUAAUGGUCUUUAUCUCGGUGCCUCUGGCGCCAUAUAAAUUGGAGUCUGAAAUUUAUAUUGUGAAUAUAGAAUUUGUAAACAAUUUGGUUGCUCGACCUAAUAUACCUCUGUAUAUUUGGUAUAAAAAUGCGUUUUCGCGAGCCUCUUGGUACAAUCAGAAAACGGUAUUCGCGAUACUAAACCAGCCACGAACAGCUCGAGAAUUAUUUCCAUGUUUGGACGAACCGGAAUUAAGUGCCAUUUUUAACAUUACUUUUCAACAUCAUGUGUCAAACAUUUUUAUAACAAAUAUGAUGCAAGAAUUUACGGAAAAAGACUAUAAUAAUACUGAAGAAAUAAUAUUUACUCGUUUUCAUACGACAUCUGAAAUGUCUCCGAACGACAUAGCAAUUGUGAUAUAUAAAUUCAAGACAAUGAAUCAGAUUUAUUUACGGAAAACGAAGAUAGGAUCAAAUAAUAUAUUCGACUCAGUAUUGUGCAGACAGCACUUGACAGCCCACAUGAAAGUCGCGAUUAAUGUUGCUGAAACUUUAAUUCUAUAUUUAAGAAACGAAUGGAAAAUCUUCCAAAUUGUUCCAAAAUAGAUAUUGUCGUUCUACCGAAUUUCGAGGACAAAACUUGGCGGACCAGGGGUCUGGUUAUUUUCAAUGAAUUUGACGUAAUCUACGACGAAUCCUUAGAUGUUUUUGCGCAUAAACAUACAGUGAUGCGCACAAUAGCUCAUAGUAUAAUAUCUCAAGGAGGAUAUGGUUAUAUCUUCGAUAUUUCUUGUUUGUCUUACUGGUGGUUAAACGAAGGCUUCGUUAUGUUCCUCGAAACAUACAUCCUCGAUAAGGCCUUUCCAGAUUCUCGGAUGAUGGACUUGUUUGUAGUUCAGAAUCAAUAUGAGUCUCGUUAUUUAACAUCAAAGGAUACAGCUAAUUGUAUGGAAUAUACAGGCGAUAUAUUUAAAAUUAAUCCAGUUAUUUCCUUUUCUCCUAUUAAAGGAGCCGUUAUAUGGCGCAUGUUAGAAUAUUUAGCUCACGAUGUAUUUUGGAAAUCUCUCCAUACGUAUGUAAAUCAAACUUCCUUUAAUUUUAAAACUCCCGACGAUCUGUGGUAUACGAUGGAAGCUGCUGCAAGAAGACACAAGGACACAUUUAAGGAUUUAUCGAAUUUAUGGAAGGUGAAAAAAGCGAUUGAUAUUUGGACUAAAGAAAAGUGUUGUCCUGUGCUAAAUGUGAUACGAAAUUAUGAAACCAGAGAAGUGGAAAUAUCGAAGAAUUUGGACGACAAAUCGGAUAAAAGCCCAUAUUUUAUACCCGUCACCUUUACUAUAAAUACAGACUUCAAUUUUGUCGCAAAUAGGCCAAAUAUUUCUAAUUAUUUAUCAGAAAUCAAACCGACGAUGAAAAUAUUCCUUGAUGAAAAAGUUAAAUGGAUAAUUGUCAAUAUACAACAAACUGGAUACUAUCGCGUUAACUAUGAUUUCAAGAAUUGGCAGAAUCUUGCAAGUUAUUUAAAUUCUGACGAAUAUACAAAUAUACAUGUUCUCAAUAGAGCGCAAAUCAUCGAUGACGCAUUUUAUAUGGCAAUAAAUAAUAAACUUAAUUUUUGCUUGUUCUGGAAACUUGUGAAAUACUUAUGGCGAGAGAAAGAUUAUAUAGCAUGGUACCCUAUGUUCAAAAUUUUUGAAUAUAUAUCAAAUAUUUAUGCAUUGCAGUAUAAUCCAGUACAAUUUUCCACGGUGAUAAAGUUUCAGGAAAUAGUAUUGAACAUAAGCAGCAUAUUUGAUCCUUUAGGAGAGCAUAUGUACGGUCCAACAGUACCAACUAACAACGAUUUUGAUAAAUGUUUAGUACAAGAACGCUCAAAAUGGGCAUGUUUCUUUGAUCAUCCUUUGUGCAUUAAAGCAGCUGAAAACCAAUUAAAAUUAUAUCUAAAUAAUAGUGAAAAAAAUACAUUUUUGCCUGAUUGGCGGAAAUGGAUUUUAUGUAAUGGUUUAAAGACUGCAAACAAUUCUUUAUGGGAUCAUGUAUCAAAAGUAUUGAAAAAAGCAGUGUCUAUGAAAAGGGAAAAUGCGGCAGUGUUUGAAUUACUUAGUUGUUUUAAGGAUCAUCUAAUUAUCCAGAAUUAUUUGUCUGUUACACAAACACUUCUAUAUGAAAAUAUUAUAAUGAAGGAUAUACCAAUAGAUGAAAAGAUGAUAAAAGAGAACAAUAAGAUGUAUGCUUUAAUUACUAAUAUGUAUCUUUCUGCUCUUUCGAGACAUGCUAAGACGACUAAAGGACUUGAAGAACUGUUGAAGAAUUUUGAAAAGAUGAGGCCUAUACAUAUCAGUACGAAUGCAGCAAUGACGGUAAUUAUUAAUAGUGCACUUUCAUCUAGACAAAUUAGCACGAUACAUAAAUUCGCGACACGUAUUUUAUCACCAAACCUUAUAUAUCAAAUAUCACCCACAUUUAUAAUACGUAACCAAAAGAUAUCACACCAUAUGGAAUUUAUUCGAAAUUUGUACGAGAAGCUCAGCAUUAAUUGAAUUAUUAUAGGUGCAACUACAUUAACAAUUUCUUAUUAUAAAAUCCAGUAUUUAUUAAAUCCUCAUUUAUAAUGUUUUA